AAAAGCGACGCGCUUUCAUUCCCAUGUUGUCGCCGAAUCAGGACGAACAUGCCCGCUCCAAAGAUCCGGUAAAAUACGGUGAACUCAUCAUCCUCGGCUACAAUGGCUCCCUUCCUGGUGGGGAUAAGGGGAGGAAGAGAAGUCGCUUUGCUCUUUACAGAAGGGCAAAGGCUAAUGGUGUCAAGCCAAGUACAGUGCAUAUCCUCAGCAGCCCACAAGACAGCAAGGCGGUUCAUAGCAGGGGGCAGCACAGCAUCUCCUUCACUCUCUCCAGGAAUCAGACCGUGGUGGUGGAGUAUUGUCAUGAUGAGGACACUGAUAUGUUCCAGAUUGGUCGUUCCACUGAGAGCCCCAUAGAUUUCGUGGUGACGGAUACGCCGGGAGGAUCAAAAGAGUGUGAGGACUCUGUUGCCCCCAGCACCAUCUCGCGAUUUGCCUGCAGGGUGGUGUGUGAACGCAACCCCCCCUACACUGCCCGUAUUUAUGCAGCUGGGUUCGACUCAUCCAAAAACAUUUUUCUUGGGGAAAAAGCCACCAAAUGGAAGAACCCGGAUGGUCAGAUGGAUGGCCUCACAACCAAUGGUGUGCUGGUGAUGCAUCCCCAAGGCUUUCCAGAAGAGACGAAGCAGGGCAUGUGGAGGGAGAUUUCUGUCUGUGGAAAUGUCUACACUCUAAGAGAGACCAGAUCUGGCCCCAUCCGUGGUCAACUGGCUCAUGGUGAGAGCAGUGCCCUGAGGGAUGGGUCUCUGGUAGACCUGUGUGGUGCCACUCUGCUGUGGCGCACAGCUGAAGGCCUCCUCAAAGCUCCCACUCUGCGGCAUCUGGAUGCACUACGGCUGGAGUUGAACGCGGCUCGUCCACAGUGCCCUGUUGGCUUAAGCACCCUGGCUUUUCCCAGCCUGCCCCGCAGCCACAGCCUGGAGGAACGCCAGCCCUGGGCCUACCUUGCUUGUGGUCACGUGCACGGGCGACACGACUGGGGUCAGCGGCCCGAGCACACCCGUGAGCGCGAGGGAGGGGCAAGCACGGGCGGCAGGCGGGAGUGCCCGUUAUGCCGAACGCUCGGGCCCUACGUGCCCUUGUGGCUAGGCUGCGAACCUGCUUUCUAUGUGGAUGCAGGUGCCCCCACCCAUGCCUUUGUGCCCUGCGGCCACGUAUGCUCAGAGAGGACGGCUCGGUAUUGGGCCGAGACACCGCUACCCCACGGGACCCACGCCUUCCAGCCCAUCUGCCCCUUCUGCUCCACCCCACUGACAGGCACGCCUGGUUUCACCCGUCUCAUCUUUCAAGGACCGAUUGAUUGAUGAGUGGCCACUGGAGGGCAGUAAGCAGGACUGAGGUUCUGUGGAGAGACGAGAGUCUCUCAGGAGUGUGUUCGUACUGUAAAUACACAUGCUGAAAGUAAAUGCUAAUCUACCAUUUUUUUUUCUUUAAUGGAUGCACACAAGUAACUCAGUAUGUGUACUUUGCAUUUGAAUACAGCCCUGAUGUAGCCUGGUCAAAACACUACUGGUUUCAUCUGAAUUCUUUCACAGAUUCAUUCUGGCACUGACUGACUGGCAAGUCUGAUCGCUGGCUAUUGUAACAUUCUGAUGAGGGCAAUUUAUGUUUGCAAAUAUGAAACAGAGAGCUCGUAGGUGGAUAGUAAAACUCAGUUUAGGACUUAAGCACAUUUCUUUGCAUGCAUACAUAGCUGGGGAAAAGUAUUGGCAU